AUGGCCUUGGUAUUGAGAAACUUCAAGAAGUUCAUGAAGAAGAAGUACUACAAGAAAGGUGGUGAUGACAAGAAGAAGCCAUCACAAAGAAAAUAUUAUAAGUGCAAAGAAGUGGGUCACUACAUUGCCGAUUGCCCACAAUUGAAGAACAAAGAAAAGGACAAGAAGAGAUACAAGGAGAAGAGCAAGAACUACAAGAAGAAAUAUCAAGGUCAUGCUCUUGUUGGUCAAGAGUGGGAGUCUAGUUAUGAAGACUUUGAUCAUGGGGGUAUGGCAACUCUAGCCAUACCAAAGUCUUCAAGGAAACUCUUCAACAACAUCUCCGAUGAUGAAGAUGAUGCACCUUUUUGUCUCAUGGCAAGAGGGACUAAGGUACAAGAAUCAUCCACCUCCUCCUCUCAUCCUUCCACCAUAUCUAGUAGUAUACAAAAUGAUUUUGAUGAUGAAGAAGAGCAACAUAAAGCAUUCAUGAUAAAAGAAUUUGGAAAGAAAGGUUUUAAAGAAAUUAAAAAACUUAUGGAGAAAUUGGAGAAAUAG